AUGCGGCUGAUAUACGGGGUUCUUGAUGGCACACGUACAGCUGAUUAUAAGGAGGUAGUCAAGCCUCCACUCAAAAAUUUGGCCGAUGACGGUUCGCUUAUCAUUCCAAAAGUCCCCAUCAAAUCCGAGCAUAUUGGUCUGGAGAACUUCAAUCUCCUACGUGUAAUUGGCCGUGGCAGUUACGCCAAGGUCUUUCAAGUUGAAUACAAACCUACCUCAAAAAUCUACGCCAUGAAAGUCAUCAAGAAGGAGAUUAUUACAGAUGAAGAGGAUAUUGACUGGGUACAAACGGAGAAGCACGUCUUUGAGAUUGCCAGUAAUCAUCCCUUCCUAGUGGGUUUACAUUCCUGUUUCCAGACACCUAGUCGGUGA